AUGUCUCAAACUAUCACUACUCCUCGCUCGAAGACUACCACAAUCGUGGGAGAUCGUUCUUUGGACGUCGCUGAUCUCGAAGUAAUCAAACUUGAAAGGCUUAUUACACAAGACCUAGUCGAGACAGCGAAACUUUUGAAGGCCGCCGAAUCUCAGGGAUUUUUCUAUCUUACUUUCAAUGAUGACCUCUCGGAGAAAGUUUCAAGCCAUCUUCAGACUUGUUACCUGAAAUCUCAUGAGUAUUUCAGCAAGCCUUUGGACGAGAAAAUGAAGGAUUUCAGGGAGAGUGUGGAUCGUGGCUACAAACCCGGACCAGGCAUUGAAUCAUUUGAAAUCGCUCGGGACGAACAAGCCAGCAUCACUUUACCAAGUCCCUUCGCAGAGCACGUUAGCGCCACGCAGGAACUUGCAGAUAUUUGCGACGCCGUAGUUCGCACCUGCCUCCGCAGCCUUUCCGAUAGCCUAGGUCUUGAUAAACUCUCGCAUCUGGAAAAUUCUCAUCCCGCUUGUGGACCAAGUGACUCGGGGCUGAAGUUCGUCUCUGGUCCAACCCGUGCAAUCGCGGCCGAUGCACCAGAUACUACCCACACCGAUGGUGGUUCGAUCACCUUACUCUGGUGUGAGAAGUGGGCCAGUCAGCUGCGAACAAAGGAGACGCAAGAGUGGCUAUGGAUCGAGCCCAAACGGGAUUGUGUCUUGGUUAACAUCGCAAAUUAUGUACAAGGUCAGACCGGCGGCCGCUUGCACUCCCCAGCCCAUCGAGUGACCCAGCCGACCGAUGGCGUCGAAAACCGAUACUUUGUGUCCUAUUUCUUGAGACCGACGAACUAG